CUCCCUCCCUCCCUCUCUCCAUCCCUCCCUCCCUGUUUCGCCCUCUCCCGCUGCUCCCCGUCCGCGCACGACCGUGGCGGCGUCCCGCCAUGUCGGCCGCCAAGCACCGGGGCCCUAAGGGGGGCAGCCCGCCCGCCGCCGCCGCCGCCGCCGCCAACGAGAGGGGCGCGCAGCCCGGCGGCUCCGAGGAGGCGGCGGCGGCGGCGAAAAAGCCGUCAGCGGCGGCGCACGGCCGGGGCGGCAGGGCCGCCGCGGGGGGCGGGGGGGGCCGCUCCGGCGCUGGGCCCCGCCGCGGCUGGGCGCUGCUGCUGGGCGCCGCCGUGGUGCUGGGCGCCGCGCUGCCCGCCGGCUGGUACGUGCGGCAGCUGCGGGAGGAGGUCGGGCGGAGCGCCCGGGAGAGGGAGGCCUCCGGCCGGCAGCGGCAGGAGCUGGCCGCCACGCUGGACGCCGUGGUGCAGAAGGUGCGUUCCCUACAAACCACAUUUGGAGAAUUUGAAUCCAUGAUGAAAAUUGCUCAGCAGAAGCAGGAGGUUACUGAGAAGGCUGUUAAACAAGGGGAGAGUGAAAUAAACCGGAUCAGUGAAGUGCUUCAGAAGCUGCAAAAUGAAAUUUUGAAAGACUUGUCUGAUGGCAUCCACAUGGUGAAGGAUGCAAGGGAACGAGACUUCACAUCUCUAGAAAACACAGUGGAAGAGAGACUAACAGAGCUAACCAAGUCUAUAAAUGAUAACAUUGCUGUAUUCACUGAAGUCCAGCAAAGGAGCCAAGAUGAAAUCAACAAUAUGAAAGCCAAGGUUGAUUCACUAGAAGAGGCAGAUGUGUAUAAACAUGAAAUUAAGGUGCUAAAAGAUGCUUUUGAUGAGAUGCAAGCGUCCAUGAAAACCAAAGACAAGGACAUAGAGACCUUGAAGAGUACAAUAGACUCCAUGGAGUCUGAUGUGUACACUGAAGUGAAAGAGCUAGUCAACCUCAAACAAGAACAUGAGAAAUUCAAAGAGGCUGCAGACACUGAACACCUUUCAUUAAAAGCCUUACAAGAGAAAGUUCUGAGAGCUGAGGAUUCUAUUAUGCAGCUCCCUAGUGACAUUAAAAGACUCGAUGAAGAUUUACUGCAAGUUAAAGCUGACCUUAAUAAAUGGGAAGAGAAUGAACUCUUCAGAAAGGCAUUAGAAACUUUUGGGAAGAGCAGUGAAGGACUGGAGUCUCGAUUGAGGCACAUAGAAGACAGCCUGGAGUCUCUAAGUUCUGUUGCUGCUCAAAACAGUGAAAAGUUGCAAUCUUUCCUUUCUAAGGAGGCAGAAUAUGAGAAUAAGCUCAGUAACUUAGAACAAAGCAUUGCUGCUCUUCAGGGAAUCUCAGAUAUGGACAUAACUUCGGUCACAGAUGUUCUGAAAAAUCUUGGUGAAUCACAGACCUCACUGUACAAUGAUGUGGAAAACUUGAGGAGAAGCAUCAGUGAUUUGCCAUCCUCCGGUGCUCUUCAGGAUGUCCAGAAGCAAAUUAGUACUUUGUUGGAUCAAGGAAAUCUUCAGACAGGUCAAGCACAUUCUCAAGGCUAUCUUGAAAAAUUUUCUUCCGUGGAAGGCUCUGUAGAUGAACUGAGAUCUUCUGUCAGCCAGGUUGAUUCCGAUUUGAAAAUGAUAAGAACUGCAGUAGAUAGUUUAGUCUCCUACUCAGUGAAAAUUGAAAAUAAUGAGAACAACUUGGAGUCUGUGAAGAGCUCAAUAGAUGACCUGAGGAAUGAUCUGGAAAGGUUGUUUGUGAAAGUAGAAAAAAUACAUGAAAAAGUUUAGGCAGUGGUGCUCCUUGUGCAAAUAAUGGAUUAAGGAGAAUAGCUUUUGUACGCCCAGUUUUUUACUCUUUUUAAAAGCAAUUUGAUACCUCCAAAGAGAAUAAGAUUACUUUAAUAAUAGAGACAGUUCUGCUUAUUUCCUUUAUUUCUCUUUUGUGUAGUGUUGUGGGUUUGUUUUGUUUUGUUUUGUUUUGUUUUGGGGGGGGUGGUGGUGUUUUUGUUUUUUUGGGUUUUUUUUUUAAGAAAACGUGUUUAGUUGGGGGUUGAGUUUCUAAGGACUCAUCUUCUCUGUAAAGUACCGCUGUAACUGUAGUGGUGUAACUAAGGCACUACAGCCUUGUUAUCAUGGGCACAUAUUUAAUGGCACGAAGGUGUUUCACACUAUGACACUAUAUAUCCCACACAGAAGGGCUACAGCUGUUCUGGUGUGAAAAGCAUAGUGCUGUACACACUGAGAAUUUUACUGGUAUGUUUUGGUUUAAGAAGCAAAUGAACAAAACUACACCCCUAUCUCAAACUCUUUAGACCAGUAAACUUCAGUGUGGACCAGGUUUGAGGCAAGUCAUCUGUUUCUGCAGUCUGGGACUCAGCCAUGUGGUCAGUUUACCAGGUGUCAGCUGAGCUGUAGUGUAUUUCUGUGAUCCUUAAUCUGUACCAAGGAGCUAACAGGGGGUUAGCUGAACCACCUCCGCCCCCCGGCCCCGAAGGGAAGGUUUGAUGUAAGUGGCGUUGCUUGGGGCUAAGACCUAAGAGAGGUGUUCUACCAGGUGGCUGGAGAGAUUCACUCCUUGUGAUCACAGACUUCUUUUGCAGCAUCUUCAGCUGCUGGUGUAGAAGACCAGUGCUUGGAAGGGACAUCUGAAAGAUGGGAUUAGUUUCUAGAAAGUACAGUAGUAUUUUUGUCACGUUUUUUGGAUUGUUUACAUGAUGAGGCUGUGUCUCUCCUGGAAAGGCCUAAUUUGUCUGUGAUACAGGAUUUUCUCUAAAAACGAUCAUGAAUUUGAAUAAGGAAAGAGAAGGACUAAAAUUGCACCUCUUGUGUUCCAUGUAUAGCAAGCAUGUUAAUGAUAAUAGUACACUCCAAAACACACAAGGGGGAAAAUCACCAUGAAAUCAGCAGAAUUGCUUCUAUGGCAUAUACAUUUCCAAGUUUUCACACAGCUGACAGUGACCUGAACUCUUGUUACAUAUUCAGCACUUCAUGCCUGAUUCUUGUCACUAUUGUUGUCACCGGGUGCCUGCCUGGGACAUUAUUAGCAAAGGAUCCUUCUAGGAACUGGCUGAGAGUGAGGGAAAAGUAUUGUAAUUCUCUAGAUGUUGAUUUGAAAACCACUUUCUUGUGGAGCUUUCUUGGUUUUCUGUCUUUUUGGAAAGGAUUUCUAAUGUCUCUCCUUUUCAAGUUUACUUUUGAACUUUAUCUAAAGAUUUGAUAAAGGAGUCUGCACACGCGGAUAGCUUGGAAAUAGGUCUUGGGCAUCAUGCCCAGCUCAGCCUUCACUAGCCAGAUCCAUGGCUAAAUUAGAAGAAUUCCUAGAAAUGGCACUUCCCAGAAGUGGGAUGCUUGUGGGAACAGUGGAGCUGAAAAGGAGUUCUCCUAGGUGAAUAAGAUAUACUGCACCAUAUCUAGUGUUGUUCCCACUGUAAACAGGAAAGCACUGCUGGCAAAGAAAGAGGGACCCACGGCACUAAGGUACCUGUUGUCACUGUUGGAACUGCACUGUUCUUUGUUGACUUCUCAAGUUCUUGAACAAUGUUGUUUAGGUUACUGUGAAAUGAACUGUAUGGCUUAUUUGCAGUAUUUUUAAUACAUAAUAAACAUUUGGAAUAUUCUUUGCA